AUGGAAACAGAGGUCGCCCAGACACCAUAUCGCCAAAUCAGAGCACUCUACGAUGAGACCUACAUCACCGUCUACCAAGCCUACAAGACCUCCAUCGCCGAGGCGGCAGUAGCGAACCAGAAGCUCAACGCCUCGCCGGAAUUCAAACCCGGCCGCAUGACCUGGGUCAAGCCAAGCUGGAGCUGGAUGAUGUACAGGGCCGGCUACUCGUACAAGGACGAUCGCCAAAGCCGCAUCCUCGCCAUCAAGAUGAAGCACCAGGACUUCAUCGGUCUGCUGGAGAGAGGGGUCCUCUCCACGCACGUGCAGCCCUCCCAGAGUAACACGGGCGGGCCGCGCCAAAAGACCAGUGAUGUCAGGAUCCAGUGGGAUCCUGAACGGACGCCUGCGCUGGAUGUCUUGCCGUACCGGAGCAUCCAGAUCGGCAUUCCGGGCGCCUUGAGCGAUACCUGGGCCCGGGAAUGGAUUGCCGGCAUUGAGGAUGUGACUGACAAGGCGCGGGAGCUGAAAAGGGUGUUGAACGAGGAGCCAGAUAUCUCAACUGAGCAGCUUGUUGCCCGUGGACUUGUUCCUGAGGAGCGGCCGUUUGUUAUUCCCCAGAGUGUUCAAGAGAAGCUGAGGAUGAUAGAGCCUGGCCAGGACAAGGCUAGCGAGGAGGCUUGA